GAGCGCCAUGAUGGAUCCAUCUCAUUGAAAUCUAUAUAUACAUUUCCUUACCUCGGAUCCAUCUCAAUUCAUUGA